AUGAGCGGACAUGGCCAAGACGACGGGAACGGUCGAAGCAGCCUUCCAGAGCAGCUGCACGCACAUCUACAUCGCGCGCCGCCCGGAUCGGAGAGCGGAACGGCGUCCCCCGCUCCAGUAAGCCAGUCGCAGGCCCAGAUACCUCCGCAUCAGCAUCCACAUUCGCAGCUCUCGACGCCGCAUCCCCCUGCACUCGGCGACUACGUGCCAACCCCACCGAUCCCUAUCGGAUACCCAGCUCGCCAGCAACAACAGUCGUAUACGCUGCACGAAGAUCCCUCGCGCACAUACUUCAGUCAACAACCACAGCAACCACAGUACGGGUACCAAUCUCAACAGCCUCAGCAAAGUCAGCCGCAUGCCGGUCCCAGCGGCUGGAGACAGGAGCAAACCCUAGGUUAUGGCGAGCAGUAUGGUUGGCGUCCACCAGCUCAGGCCGAAAGCUACGCACGUCGCGGUGGGCAAGAACAGCACGAUGCCGGGUUUGGCGCGCGGGACACCGGAUAUGGCGCCCGCGACACCGGGUUUAGCACAAGCUACAGCGGGCGCGACCCGACCUUCGGUGGUGGGCGCGAUGUGGGGUUUGGCGCUCGUAGGGGCUAUUCGCUGCAAGGAUACUCUGACAUCCGAUCCUCACGCUCGCCACCACCUCCCCCUGCUACUCAGCAGCAGACCUACGGCGGUCUGUCUUCCAUGACGCCAGGUCAACCACAGUCAUCAUACUACGCCUCCCCUCUUGAAGAUCCCCACGCCACAACUUCCACUUCUUUCCCAGGCUACCUUCCGCAUGAGCACACGAUGAGUUUCGGCAGCUAUGACCGCUACCCGCAAAGCGAUCUGCGCCUACCGAUUCCCGGCGGCUCGGGGAGAGAGGAUGUACAGUACGGGCACCCUCUUCCACCUGGCCUGCUUGGUCUCUCGAUGCACACAGGGGCGCCGGGAACGAGUUACGGAUCGCAGCAUAGCGUGUUGAGUUCGCCAGGCCCGAGCAGUCUUGCGGGCCCUUCGAGCUUGACUGGUCCCGGAAGUAGCAUGGCGGCAUCGAGUCAAGGCAGCCUGCUCGGAGGGCCUUCAGACCCGCUCGGUUUCCCCUCUUCAUACGAGUACGCCAGCGAUCCCGAACCCCUUGGUACUCUGCGCGCUGUCGGCUCUACGCCUACGCCCGUAGGUGUCUCCAUCAGCACUCCCCGUGGCAGCAGUAGCGCAGGCGGCAGUAGCGGACGCAAGGCCGACGACGACGAUGAGGGCAAGCCCACGAAAAAGCGCAAGGUCGAGAUCGCGUGCAACUUCUGUCGCCAACGCAAGCUCAAGUGCAGCGGUACCAAACCUGCGUGCGACGCCUGCAUCAAGCGCGAUCAAGCCGAGCGGUGCCAGUACGAAGCCUUCCCGCGCCGACGCGGACCAGGCAAGGCGCCUCGCGGGACGCGCAGAACCGCGCAUCGUUCACGCGCUACGGCGCCUGAGGCACAGGCUCAAGGCUUCGGUAUCAUGUCGCCCGCGAUGAGCGAGGCCGGACCGUCCACGUCCAGCCGCUUUCAACCUGUGUCAAGCCAGGUUGGCAGCUACGGCCAGCCACAUCAUGGCCCCAGUUUCGUGCAGAUGUCUGGACAAGGGUAUGGGCAGCCGAGGGCGGGGCCGAGCUCGCAGCCGCUGUCACAGGGUCAGACGCCAGGCCCGAGUGAGUUCGGGGCCUAUGCACCUUUGCCGGCGCCAGGAUAUACGCUCCCGAGUCCGAUCGCGCCACCAUCGCUGGCCCCGUAUGGAAGUGCGUUGAGCAUCCCGGGCCCAAGCGGUGAGGAUCAGCGGCGCAGGGCGGAACAGCAGCGUCAGCAACAGCAGUACGAGGAGGAGCAGCGGCAGUUCAAGGAGGAGCCUCACGGAUAUUGA